CAUAUGUUAACGUCAUAAUAAUUGAUGUACUUAAAAAAGAUGAAAAAUGGCCCAAUUUUUGACAGUAAAAAGACAUUUUCCGUCAUCUUAUGGGUUCUCUAUGAGUCUCUAUCGUUUUUAUCCGGGUAAUUUUGCACCAGUCCUUAAAAGAAGUAUUUAUUUUGAGAAAAAUCUGAAAAGGCGUAAAAAUAGCCUUAAAUAUGAGUUUAUAUUGGGAUUUGAGCAUAGAAAUGAGCAGAAUAUGACUGGAGCCCUUUUUUAUCGAAAAUUUACGUCAUCAAUUUCUAGAGAAAAAGUAGAAUGCACGUUUAUUACACCACAGGGUGAGAGGAAGACGCUGAAAGUUUCUGAGGGUAGCACCGUUUUAGAUAUUGCACAUGAACAUAAUAUUGAUCUGGAGGGCGCAUGUGAAGGAUCAAUAGCAUGUUCUACAUGUCAUGUUAUUGUCGAUCCUAAAUACUAUAGUAAAAUGGAGGAACAAUCGGAAAAAGAGUUAGAUAUGCUUGAUUUGGCUUUUGGAUUAACUGAAACAUCGAGAUUGGGUUGUCAAAUAAUUAUGGAUAAAAGUUUAGAUGGUAUUACUUUUAUAAUCCCUUCUGAAACUAGAAAUAUACAGUUUAAAAAAUAGUAU